UUCAUUCCAACUACUUUCUCCAUUAUUGCUACGAACCCCGCAAUGUCUCUACGACGCAGCUCUGCCCCAACUAAUAACGCCCAACUACCUCCUCCUCUCUUGCAAACUAGUAACAGUAUUCAAACUCUUCUCCCCGUUGCUCUUCUAUCUCCCAAUAACUCUUCGUAUGCUGCUCUGAUCUCCUUGCCAGUUGCUUCUCGAAAGUCCCGACCGUAUUUAGCAACAAAGUCCAACGAGUCCA